AUGGUUGGAGGAGGAGUUAUCCAGCAAAUUCUCAGGAGGAAGCUUCACUCCCAAUCACUCGCAACUCCGGUUCUGUCUUGGUUUGCUUCGAAGAAAGUUAAUGAGGAUGCUGGGUCUUCUGGUGUGAGAGCACUUGCUCUCCUGGGUGCUGGAGUUACAGGACUGUUUAGUUUCUCUACGGUAGCUUCUGCUGAUGAGGCUGAGCAUGGGUUGGCUUGCCCAGACUACCCGUGGCCUCAUGAUGGCAUUCUCAGCUCUUAUGACCAUGCUUCGAUCCGUCGUGGGCAUCAAGUUUAUCAGCAAGUCUGUGCUUCUUGCCACUCCAUGUCUCUGAUCUCAUACCGAGAUUUGGUGGGUGUUGCCUACACUGAGGAAGAGGCAAAGGCAAUGGCAGCUGAAAUCGAGGUUGUUGAUGGACCUAACGACGAGGGUGAGAUGUUCACCCGUCCUGGUAAACUCAGUGACCGCUUGCCUCAACCAUAUGCCAAUGAAUCAGCUGCGAGGUUUGCUAAUGGUGGAGCGUAUCCUCCUGAUCUAAGUCUUAUCACCAAGGCACGUCACAAUGGUCAAAACUACGUCUUUGCUCUUCUUACGGGUUACCGUGAUCCUCCUGCUGGCAUUUCAAUUAGAGAGGGGCUACACUACAAUCCUUAUUUCCCUGGUGGAGCAAUUGCUAUGCCCAAAAUGCUCAAUGAUGAAGCUGUUGAGUAUGAAGAUGGUGUCCCCGCCACAGAGGCACAGAUGGGUAAAGAUGUUGUGUCAUUCUUGUCUUGGGCAGCUGAACCAGAAAUGGAAGAGAGGAAAUUGAUGGGAUUUAAAUGGAUAUUCCUACUAUCUCUCGCUCUGCUCCAAGCAGCGUACUACAGGCGACUGAAAUGGUCUGUUCUCAAGUCCCGCAAACUGGUUCUCGACGUGGUGAACUAA